AGAGCCGCCCGCGGGGCAGCCCGAAGCCGCCAUAGCAUCAUGGCGGCGUCACCGAGCUGAGCCGCUGCCCGCCCCUUCCGGAAGCGUCACGGUGCGCGCCGGAAGCGGAGGCCGGAGCGGGCAGAGGCGGAGGGCGCGGGGCGAGCGAGAUGCCGGUAACCGUGGGCCCGUACGGGCAAUCGCAGCCCAGCUGCUUCGACAGAGUAAAGAUGGGUUUCAUGAUGGGCUUUGCAGUGGGCAUGGCAGCGGGAGCGCUGUUCGGAACGUUUUCCUGCCUCAGGAUCGGCAUGAGAGGACGAGAGCUGGUGGGAGGAGUCGGCAAAACGAUGAUGCAGAGUGGUGGGACGUUUGGGACAUUCAUGGCUAUCGGCAUGGGAAUCCGCUGCUAACCUGGAGCGAGGGUCCCAGCCCGGAGUGCCCCUGCCCAGCAUUCCUCCUCUGUACCAUAAUAAAGUGUUUGGAUACCCGGAA